AUGGCGAGCUACAAGUUGCGGUGUUCGCUUGCAGGCCAUCAAAAAGACGUUAGGGCGCUUUAUGCCCCGUCAUUUUAUGGUGGACGCUUCUUAUCGGGUUCUAGAGAUAAGACAGCUAAAGUCUGGAAACCAAUCGAGCAUUCAACUGCUUUUGAUGCAACUCAUUCAUUGACUGGCCAUACAAAUUUCAUCUCGGCUGUCUGUGUAACAGUACCAAGCCCCACCUAUCCUGAUGGGUUGAUCUACACAGCAAGUAAUGACCGCACGAUACUGGCUUACAUCCCUGAUAUCUCGGAUCCAAUCUUCAAGCUCACUGGUCAUGAGAACACUGUUUGUACUCUGGCGACUGGAGGCUUUGGGACGCUCCUCAGCGGCUCCUGGGAUCUGACUGCAAAAGUCUGGAGUCAGGACAAGUGUUUAAUGACACUCAAAGGUCAUGCUGCAGCAGUCUGGGCAGUUGCAGUGAUGCCACAGCAUGGAUACAUGUUGACUGGGUCUGCUGAUAAAUCCAUCAGGUUGUGGAAAGCUGGAAAAUGUGAGAGGACUUUAACAGGCCACACUGAUUGUGUACGUGGUUUAGCCGUCUUCUCCGAACAUGAGUUCCUCUCCUGUUCUAACGACGCUUCCAUCAAGAAGUGGCUCAUCACUGGCGAGUGUACCAUGACGUAUUACGCUCACACAAAUUAUGUGUACGGCAUCGCGAUCAUCCCAGAUAGCAAAGACUUUGUCACAACUGGUGAGGACAGGACGCUGCGUGUUUGGCAUGAUGAGGAAUGUGUUCAAACGAUAACACAUCCUGCUCAGUCUGUUUGGGCUGUCUGCUGUCUGCCAAAUGGAGAUAUAGCUACUGGUGGCAGUGACAGUAUGGUGCGAGUGUUCACUCGGGCACCAGAACGAGUAGCUGACCCAGAUGAGCUGAAGGCAUAUGAAGAUGAAGUGUCAAACUCGGCCAUCCCAACUCAGAUUGGAGAUAUUAAGAUUGAGAAUCUCCCUGGUCCUGAGGUUUUGCUGGAGCCUGGAAAUAAAGAUGGUCAGACAAAAAUGGUGCGGGUGGGUGGGAAAGCUGAAUGUCACCAAUGGUCAGGCUCUGAAGGUCGCUGGGUCAAGGUUGGGGACGUGGUUGGUGCUGCUGGUGGAGGAGGGCAAGGACAAGAAGGCAAAAAAAUGUUUGAAGGAAAGGAAUAUGACUAUGUUUUUGAUGUCGACAUAGAAGAAGGGAUGCCUCCCUUGAAAUUACCAUUCAACAUUUCCGAUGACCCAUGGAUGGCUGCCCAAGAAUUCAUUCACAAAAAUGAGCUAAGCCAAAUGUUCCUGGACCAGAUUGCUAACUUUAUCUACAAGAACACCGAGGGUGUCACUCUGGGCCAGAAAAGUGCUCCCAAUGUGGAUCCAUACACUGGUGCCAGCCGAUACAUCCCACAAGAUGACACUGAGCCCAAGUGGACCGGCGGUUCUGAUCCAUUUACUGGGGGAAGUCGUUACAUCCCUGAUGGAAUGGAGGACAACUCAAGCAAACCAGCUCCGAGCCGAGGGGCUGGAGAUCCAGCUGCUUCAACGCAAUUCUUCCCAAAGACGACAUGCCUUGUGUUUGAUUCAGCCAAUCAGAAUGCUGUUAUAGCCAAGAUCCGUGACUUCAAUGGCCAAGUUGCCCCUGACCUAAAGGUUGACCCAAAUGACCUGGAAUACCUGACUUCCAUGAUGAAUGCUAAGGGUGCUACCCCUCUACAGAUUGAGCUACUCGACAAGCUGCUGCAGUGGCCAAUAGACAAGCAGUUCCCUUGCCUGGACGUCCUCCGCCUGGCGAUAAGGUCAGACUGUCUAAACGAGCACUUCUGUGGUGACGCAAACGGCGUGCACUUCUUACAGGGCAUGUUACGGACGGUCAGCCCCGGGUCACCUCCAGCCAAUCAAAUGUUAGCAUUGAGAACUUUGAGUAAUGCAUUCCUCGGGCGAUGGGGACAGGAUCUUCUCCUGAAGAACCGUGAUUCUGUGAUUACAGCUAUUUUGAAUGUCAAGGAGAGUACGAACAAGAAUAUACAGAUAGGUGUGGCGACGAUGUUACUGAACUAUACCAUUGUGCUUCAGAAAUGUGACGACGUUGAGGCCAAGUCUCAAUGUCUGUUAGCAGCACAUACUAUGAUUGACUGUGUCAAGGACUUGGAAGCUAAGUUCCGCCUGUUGGUUGCCAUUGGUAACAUGGUUCAUUCUGACGAGAAUGGGAAGGCUCUUGCACAAUCACUGGAUAUGGCUAACAUAGCGAGGUCAUUUGUUUCUAUCCAGGAUCCUGUGAAGCUCUCAAAAUGUGCCCAGCAGGUGCUGAAUGUUCUAUAGUGAACAUGAUGUCCCAAUGUUAUUAUUCCUGUUCCUUAUUGUAUGUGCAUGUUGGUCUGUUCCAGGCAGAUCACCGUCUGCUUGUAUGUAAACUGGCUACAUGAUAAAUAGUCUGUGGCGAGGUCGUUUAGCGAUUGGUAGUUACUCGGCCUGGUCAAUGAACACAAGGUUUGUUUAGUUGUGGCUUGGAGAGGGACCGUUGAAAUAGCUAUCAGAACCAUAGCAGGUUGCCUCCCUGUUACUUAUUGGGUGCAGCCAGCUUCACCAAGAAAUACCACGUGAAUCCCUGCUAAGUAAGGGAUCUCACUGUUCGGGAUGUCAGGAAAAUGCUCCACAUUGUAUGUCCUAUGUUUACUUUCUUGCCGAAAGGAGUUUGUAUUUAAUUCACUUGCAUUAAAAUGAGUACAACGAUAAUUUA